UCGAGCAACUAUCAAAAUGGAAUCCAAGUCUAAACUGGAGAGUAGUUUAAAAGUGAAACCCUAUCCAGUGGAUCUACCUGUGCGGCAUUAUGGCGAGUUGAGCACAGGACUUGACGAAUACCUGUCCCGUGUCAAGUCAGAUGGUGCUGUCCCUCUCACCCUUCCACACGGAGAGAAAGUGGAAGUAACUUGUGAGAACAUUGGUCGACUUGCGUUUCUGAGAGAUGGGGAUUUAUCACAUUACAUUCUUGCUCUCCACACACCUGAGGAUGAAACCAAAGGCAAAUGGUGGCCCGUUGGUGAUGUUUUGAAGACUUCAAACAAAUCAAGACGUGGACUUUUGUUAGUGGAAUCAGUGAUGGAGAGAGUUGUGCUCUUUCUGCUCAGUCAAGUUAUUUUUGGAAUUCUGGAAAGGUCUCUUGAAGAAGACCUAUAUUUUUCGGCCUAUUCCUUGCGGGAACAUGGCAAAAUUCUCUGGCAAAAUGGAGAAGCAGUAGGGUUUUACACCAUCAAAAAAAAGGGCAGCCUGUGUGACAGCUGCACUGGCCAGAGUUAUCAG